AUGAAACCCCCAGAAAUUCCAUUAUUUGGUCGAAUCAUUAUUGCCAUCAUUGUUAGUAUCUUAGUAUUAUGUUCUACAUUAGGUAAUAGUCUUGUAUUAUGUGUAUUAAAUAGAAAAUAUUCACUAUCGCAACAAUCACAUAAAAAGACUCAAUCAAUAAUAAAAUGUUGUGGUAAAUGUAAUUCAUUAACAACAUCAAUUAUUGGUAUUAAACUUAUAAAACGUUCAGUUACUUAUAUAUUUCUAAUUAAUCUUAGUAUAUCGGAUUUAUUACAUAUAUUAAUUUGUGCACCAUUUACAUUAAUUGCAGAUUUCUUACUUAUUUAUUGGCCAUUUGGUAAUUUUCUAUGUCGUCUUGUCAAUUAUUUACAAGGUGUUGUAGUAUUUAUAUGCGCUUUUACUCAUGUUAUUAUCUCUAUUGAUAGAUUGACUGCAGUUCGUUGUCCUAUAUGGCGAAGACGUAAACUAUCUGUUACUAAUGCUAGAAUGAUAUUAUUUUUAAUAUGGUGUUGUGCAAUGAUUAUACCAAUACCUAGUUUAAUUGUAUGUCAAAUUAUUGUUGAUGAAGAUGGAUUGACACAUUGUCAAGAGGUUUGGUCACAAUUUGAUUUGAAUCAAUCUAAUUUCAGUUAUAUAACAAAUAGAUCAUUAUUACAAAUCUCUAUGACAUCAUUCAAUCAAAGUCAAUAUGAAGAGUUGAAUGAUUUUAAUCAUAUUUCAUUGGAAUUAAUUUAUAAUUGGUUAAUUAUACUACUUCAAUAUAUUCUACCAUUAUUUAUGAUAAUUAUUACAUAUUCAGCUAUUGUUUGUCAAAUAUGGAUAACAAGUAUACCUGGUGAAAAAACUAUACAUAGAGUUGAAAGAAAUCGAACAAAUAAAAAGCUUAUCAAAAUGGUAAUUAUCGUAGCUUCUCUAUAUGCGAUUUCUCAAUUACCAAGACAUAUAAUCUAUCUGAUUACAAUGAAUAAACCUGAUGCAUUUGAAAAAGAUACAAUUAUUUAUAGUUGGUUAUUAUGUCAGCUAUGUGCAUGGUCAGCUACAUGUUAUAAUCCAAUAGUUUAUAUAUGGAUGAGUCGAACAUUUCGACGUGGACUAUCUGAAAUAUUCAAUAAUCUAUGUGUUUGUUUAAAUCUGCACAACACUACACAAUCUACAUUUAAACACUGUGAUACACAUUAUUCUAGAAAAAGUAAUCUAUAUAAUAGUAAACAUAAUCAUUAUCAUCAUCAUCAUCAUCAGCAUCUUCAACUUCAUCAUCAACAUAGAUAUUUUCCUUAUUCCAAUGCAGCUACUUAUAACUGUAAUAGUAGUAAUAAUAAUAAUAUCGUGAAAAAUAUUAGUCAUAUGGAAAAUGUAAAGAAACAUCAUGUUAAAGAAAAGUAUUCAUGUACUAAUACUCAAUAUUUAAAUAUGAAAAUCAAGACGAAUAAUAACAUAACAAAUAAUCAAGACAACGAAUUCAAUGGUGUUAUAUCCCGAUGA